AUGUCUGGCUUUGAGGUAGCAGGCGUUGCGCUUGGCGCCUUCCCCAUCGCCAUUGGGGCAUUGAACCACUUCUUAGAAGGCGUACAAACCAUCAAAUACUGGCGACGUUACCGAAUCAAGCUCAGUGACUAUGCCAGUGUGAUGGAGACGCAUCGAGUAUACUACCUUGAUACGUUGGAUGAGCUUCUUCAAGACAUCGUUCCAUCCGAGGAAAUGGAGGAGCUGAUGUCGCAGCCAGGCGGGGUUAUGUGGAAAGACCCCCGAUAUGAGCAGCGACUGAAGCAGCGGUUAGGCCGUUCUUACCACGCAUAUAUUCGGACACUGGCGAAAAUGCACGCCGCAUUAAAUGGGCUGUGCGAAAAAUUAGGCGUCGACAUGGCAGGCAAGGUUCUGUGGGAAGAUUACUCAGUGGUCGAACGUGAGAUGAAACGGAUCAAGGUCACAUUGAAGAAGAAUGUGUACAAAGAGAUACUAGAUGAUAUCGACAAAGCCAAUAAAGACAUUAGAGACAUAACGCAUCAAAAUGUCUACCUCGAGCCCCUUCGUCAGAGACGGCUCAAAAAGCGUCCAAUAGCUCAAUUGAAGCUCGUACGAGCCCAUGCGAGGAGUCUUUACAGCCUGCUUGUGAAUGGCAAGGCCUGGAAAUGCGAAUGUAAUGACUACCACAUCGCCACAUUAAGGCUUGAAUCGAGGCCUCGACCGUUGGAAUUGACGGAUAGUAACGAUUGCCGAUUCAAAAUACUACUGUCUACAGGUCGGAAAGAUGCUACUUGCCCAACGAUUGACUCACAAUGGCAAGAAAUUGAUGUAGUACCAUUGUCAGACGAUACAUUUGGGGUAAGUAGCACGCAAGAGCAGCAUGAUCAGGGCCGUGUCAAGUUUGCCCCGGACCCAAAGUCUAUCCCAACCUCACUCGCCUUGCAGCAGGAUAGCCAGAAAAAGCACGGCAUUGGUGUAAUUGAAGACAUAUGCACCGCUCUUUGCAAGUCAUCCGAUACCCAACCGGAAGUCGGCUUCUUAAACGAUGAGGCAGAUGCGAGAUACAGACAUUACAUAUUCCGGGCUAUGGCCGAUGCUGCUGAGCGGCAAUCUGUGUCUCUAAGAACGCUCCUAGUCAAUGCAGACAAAGAAGCACUUCGCAUGUCUUUCCUGAGGGGCGAUCGUCUGCGCAUCGCCGUAAUCCUGGCAUCCAGCGUGCUUCAAUUGACCGGAACGAAAUGGUGGCUCGAAUCCGAGUGGUCUAGUGAGGACAUACUCUUCCAUAACAGCAGCGAAGUAGCCGGUGGCGCGGACUACUCAUACCCAUAUUUACCCUGGAAGCUUUGCACAGCGAAACCAAAUGCCUCGAAAUCCUCAUCGCUUCACUUCGAUCACCGCAGCCGAGCUCUCUUGGCACUUGGCUUUACCUUGAUUGAACUCUGCUUCGGGAGAACUCUGGCAGCAAUGUACAAGAUCGAAGACGGAGAAGCCGGUGACCUAUCUACGAGACUGCGAACGGCGGACAGGUUAUUGAGGUCGGUGUACAACGAAAUGGGUCCUUCAUAUGGCGACGUGGUAAGAAGGUGCCUGCGCCAACCCUUUGAUGUGCUGGACAUGAAUCUCGACAAUGAAGACCUACAGCAGAAGGUCUUCGACGACAUCGUGACGCCUUUGGCUCACGAUCUUGAGAAUUUUCAUGGCAGAUCGCGGAUCGUCUAG